GUAAAGCAGGAAAGAACAAGUUUGAAUAAAGUAAGGAAAGAAUCGAUAAUGCAAAUAUGAUCGAAAGGCAGCUGAUCAAAUUGUCGCGGCCUCCUCCAUUGUCCGAACUCGCAGAAAAGGUAACUGCCACUCAGACAGAGGUUAAUCAAACCUUAGAAAGCACAUUCAACGGCCGCACAGAGAACUAUUCAUACCCUUUCAAAGAAGCUAUUUUCAACCACAUAAAAUCUGUUCGUAAAGACACAGAUCGGCUACGACUAAAGAUUCUCUCAUUUCGCAUCUGGUGUGAGCAAUAUAAUCUAUGCAAUGAAAUCAUCUUUCAUCAAAGCAUCAGUGGUUUAGUGGUAAAAUCCAUCGUUGCCAUCGAUGGGCCCCGCGUUCGAUUCGCGGCUGAUGCAUGAUACAGACUCCUAGUUCCGCUAGGAAGCGUUUAAUUUUCCACAUUU